AUGAGUACUAGAAUCGCUUUUCUUGGAGACAGGAAUGUUGGAAAGACUUCCAUGGCUUCUCGUAUGCUUCAACUAGAUUACCUUUCGAUUGAUUCCCAAGACUUGUAUGCGAGUACUCGAGAAAUUUCAACCAUUGUGCAACUUGACGAACUUCUCGAGAAAAGCCCUGAUUGGGCUGAGUGUUUGGUGAUGGUGUACAACAUCGGUUCGCUAAAAACAUUUGACGUGGGAACAAAACUCUUCACACAUGCCUUGGGAUAUCGAAAUCCCCGAGUAGCAAUAAUGGUUGCAAUUGUGGAUGGCGCAAACGAAAGAAUUGUGAAUCAGAAUGAUGUUGAGCAAUUCAUGGAAGACUACAAAGGUUUCGACUGGCACUUCCUGGAAACAUCAAUCAGAGACUUCCAGUACUUAUCUCAACCUCCCAUUCAAUCUUCGUUCUUUCUCGACCAUUACUGUUCGUUCACCAGAAGGGAUCUAAAGGAUGGAAACGUGGUUGAUUCUGAGGUCACAGUGGAAGAUUCCCUAUACUGGAGCUCUCUGCCAAUGCCAAAGAUUCCAUUUGGAGUGCAAUCUGGCCAUUCAUUGGACAUAUCCUCAAACGAAGAGAGUACAACCAAAUCGUCAAAGAAGUCAAUGGUAAAUGCGAUGGGACCUUUUGCAACACAAGGACAGUUAUGGGUGCUCUUGGAUGCAUUCAUCAAAGAGGCUGUCGAUGCAAGUUGGUACAACGUAGUGGAUGAUUUUAUAGUUGAAGAAGAUGCGCAAGAGUGGACUGUAGAUAAGGGGGUGAAUGGGGAUCACCUGGAAAAAGCGUUCCGUCCACCACAUGUCUUUCAAUUUCAAUCGAAUGGCGUGAUUCAAACCCCACCUGAACAAGAGGCGCCUCAGUUAAAGUCUAAAUCCUACCUCGAGAGUACGUUAGGAUUCACAGGAAAAAUCAAAGAAUUGAAGAGCUGGUCGUUGGGAAAUGCCAAUUUGGACAGUACGCAUAGUUUUGAGAGUUUCUUCCUGGAGGAGAAUACUUUGGAUAAUAUUGGAGGACGUUUAAGAGUUAAGCUUCGGGGGUUGCGGGAUUUGCUUUGCUGUUUAUAAUGAUGAGGAUUUGUGACGGCAUCUUGUUACUCGUUUGAUAUAAAAGCCGAGAAUCCAUAUUUGCAUUACUAUUGAAAUCACUCUUUAUUUAAAUCGAACGAACUACUGCUAAAGAACUCCCCUGGCUUUUGGCAGCGCUAACAGCUCUCACGGUAACCGACUUAUUUCUUAUAGGUUCUAACUGUCAAGAAAAAGAUUGUAGUGCCAAAGUGGACGGGGAAAGGGAAGGUAGACUAGGAAGAUGAUUGGAAAAUACUCUCGACUUGACAAAAUAUCAUAAGGAUUACGUUGCGAUCUUCAGGCCUCGGGGUAGCAAUAUAUUGAGUACAUAUCUGUGUAUAACAUUAGAUUUAAUAGAUAAUUUCGACUAAUUAAGCGAGCGAUUUGUUCUGA